AUGGGGAAGAAGAGAAAGUCCAUAGCCACCAGCCUCGACGAGGUGGAUCGAAGCAUGUACACCUCCUUCUGCAGCGCCGCUAAUUCUCUCUCUCAGCUCUACACUCAGGCCAUGAACCACCAAAAGCUCUCCUUUCAAGCCGGUGAACGCCACGCCCUCUUAUCUUUUUGGUACAUGGAUUUGCCUUUAAUAUUUUCUUCCUCCUUGCAUAUUUCUGGAAAGGAUAAAAUUUAUCAGUGGAUCAGUAGACAACAAGAAGGAGGCUCAAGAGUUACAACAAUGGAUAUAGUCAGUUAUCUUCAG